AGCUAUCGAGCAGUCUAAACAAGAAGUGCACGAUGAGAUUCCUGAUCGCUUUUGUUGCCAUCAUCGGCUAUGCUUCGGCUGGAGCCAUCCUCUCCCAUCUUGCGUACGGCGUGAACCCUGGUGACGCACAGGCCGCCGCCAUUGACGCCACCGUCGCAGCCCAGGACACCGCCCGCGCCAUCAACGAGGGACACGCCCGCGCCGCUGAAGCUGUCGUCCAACAUAAUACUGAAGCCGUCCGCCAGGCCGCCGAAGCCUCCCGCGAGAUUCACGAAACCGCCUACUGGAACGGCGUCGCCGCUAACCAGAACGCUGUCGCCGCCGCCCAGUCCCACUCCGCCGCUAUCAGCGGUGCCGCCGCCGCCGUGCGGGCUGCCCACCUCGCCUCUCCCUUGGUCACUGCCCCCUAUGGCAUCGCCGCACCUUACGGAAUCGCCGCUCCCUACACCGCUUACGGCGCUUACGGCGUCGCCCCCUACGGCCUCGGCGUCCACGCUUGGUAAACCGAUCACGACCGCGAGCCGUUAUUUUCUAAUAUCAGCUAUGCAAAAAUAGCAUGCUUUUUUUUAAUAGCAGAUAUUAUUGAAUAACGUUGCACGAUCGGCCUUGUCAACUAUUAAAUGCUUUAGUAAUUGACAACGUCGUGCCGGGCGUCGGUCGGGUCUGGUAACAUCGGUCAACGGUCGGUAUUUCCCGGAUCCCCGGUUGGCGCUUAGUGUUGCCAUUUCUUCAAAAACUCUACUCGGAUUUAUUGCUCAACGAUAAUCAAGUUUUUUUUUAAAAUAAAUAAAGUAACUCUCUUUGUUAAUAAAAGUCAUGCCAUCACUGCCAAAGUGUAAAUAAACACAUUUCUAUACA